AUGUGCACCGACCGUGGGACCCGUGGGGCUGCCUGCGGGGGUGGCAACUUUCCAACUUCCAGUAGUGCGCAGCUGCUCAUCUAUCCUAUACUACCAAAAUGGGACCAGAUGAAGAGUCCUACAGGCUUCUUUGGAGCUUUGGGCGAGCCCGUGGCAAAGCUUCAAGAGCAGCAGCGCAAGCGCACAACGCGCGGGCGUCGACCUCCGGUCGUGGUAGAGGAGCGAUACUUCGCCAUGGCUUCCACGAGCAAUGCUUUGCGUUGGUGGGUGGCCGCGCUUCUGCUGAUCCUAGCGGUCGGCCCAGGAGCGGUGCGGGCAAACCUGUGCUGCGUGGCAGGAGAAUGUACCUGCAGUGACGAUUUCUGCGCGAGCAACGUCGACGUGGCGGUCUACACGUCUUCCCUGUCGGAGUGCCAGGCGUACCUUGAAACUCCUCAAGACACCAGGGCCGAUGCAUGCUCGCAGACGCUGGACGAAGGAUGGCAGGAAUACGGGGACGAGAUUCAAGCUGGCGCGGCGCAACUUUGCACGAAGCUGGUCUCCAAAUUUGCACCUAAAUACGUGGGGAUCCUGAACUCGGUGAUCCAGCUUGCCACGGGAGAAAACCUGGUCAAGGAGGCGUGUCACGAGAUGGUCAACCUGAUUCUGAGCAACGACAACGUCGCGGCCGCGGAGGCGACCGCGUGCGCCGCGAUCGGCGCGGCCGGCGGCGGGGUCAGCGCGAGCGGCUGCUUCACGGCCGACGCGCGCGUGCUGACGGACUUUGAGGGGACGACGCGCAGAAUGGCGGAGCUGGCCAUUGGCGAUACAGUCAUUGCAGUAGACGCUUCGACGGGGGCGCUCAUGCGCGAACGAAUCUUCUUCUUCUCCCACAAAGCACUGGAAGAACAGGCCAAGUUCGUGACCCUGGAGACUUCCACCGGCCACAAUCUGACGCUUACCCCCGACCACUACAUUUUCGCGGCCGCCAAGGCGGCCUCCGAUUCGGUUCUUGACGCCCAACCCUUCGCAACGCGCGCGCAGAUCGUGCGCGCCUCCGAUGUCCAGGUGGCCGACACGGUCUGGGUUUUGCCUGGCGCAAUGGGCGGAGAGUCCGUUUCCGCCCGCGGACUCGUUCCGGUCACUGUCAUCCGGACCUCUCGCAGCCUCCAGACCGGCCUCUACAACCCCAAAACCCUGAGCGGCGGCAUCCUAGCCAAUGGCGUCGCGGCUUUGCAGUUCACGCGCGCGCUCCCUCCGAGCGUGCUCGCGCACAAGCUGGCGACCUUCCCUGCGCUCGUCGCUUCCGGCGUUCUGCCCAAUUCCGUGGCGGAGCGCCUGAAUGCUGCGUGGCUGAACAACGUGCAAUGA